UUACUGCAGUUUUCAUAGACUUUGUUCUGAUGCAGUGAAAUAAUUUGCGUUCUACGCGCGUUUACCAUUUUUCGCACGCUAAAGAUCGACAUUGCGCUUUCGCCCCACUAUAGAUUCUUUCCCCUCUACUUCGCAAACACGGUAUGAGCACGAUCUUUAGGCGAAGCCGGCGAAGGAUAAAAUCAUUCUACGGGCGACAAUCGAGCGUUCGACUGCCAGUAGCCCUGGCGAUCACUUUAAGCAUGUUCGCGCUACUGAUCUUCGUUCUCGCGCUGCAAUACGGCGCCAAUCAGGCCGAGGUGUUCACAUCUCCUUGGCACUACAAGUGCGAUGGCGGUCUGUGCAAGAAGAUCUUGAUCACGGAACAGGACACCAACCCGGCCGCUCUUAGCGUGUGCCAAUUGUCCUGCGGCCAAGGUGGCACUCUGUGGCCGAUGCCGACGGGACAUAUGUCCGUUGGUAAGACCGUGGUGCAGCUUAAUCCUGAGAACAUUGCGCUCGUCGGAAUUUCCACCCAGACGGCGGUGGGAAAUCUUCUUCAGAGGAACGUCGUUCGUAUGAAAGACACCGCGAGGAAGCUCAGUGGUCCUGUAUCUUUGAAUGCUGGCGGGACCGGGUUAGUGAUACGCUUUGCGGAAGGACUCGAUCUCAGUAAUGUCAAGCUGACCUUGGAAACGAACGAGAGUUACACUCUCCGUGUGUCUAUGGUCGAUCAACAGGUGGAAGCCUAUAUCACGGCGAAGACGUACUUCGGAGCUCGAUACGCAAUGGAGACCCUCAGCCAACUGAUCGUCUUCGACGACUUGCGCAAUAAGAUUCAAGUAGCCACCGAUGCGUACAUCGUGGAUGGUCCGAAGUAUCCCUAUCGUGGCAUCCUUUUAGACACUAGCCGAAACUAUGUCGACAAGGAGACGAUUCUCCGGACGAUCGACGGUAUAGCCAUGUCCAAGCUGAACACGUUCCACUGGCACAUCACCGAUUCCCAGAGUUUCCCCUACGUCAGCAGGACGUGGCCCGACUUCGUCAAGUACGGCAGCUACACGCCGACCAAAAUUUACACCCCCGAGAUGAUCAGGGAGAUCGUCGAUUACGCCUUGGUUCGCGGUGUCAGGGUCCUGCCGGAGUUUGAUGCACCUGCGCACGUUGGCGAAGGCUGGCAGUGGGUUGGCGACAAUGCGACAGUUUGCUUCAAAGCCGAACCCUGGAAGGACUUUUGCGUGGAGCCGCCAUGCGGUCAGCUGAAUCCCACCAGCGAGAAGAUGUACGAGGUCCUCGAAGGAAUUUACAAGGAUAUGAUAGAAGAUUUCCAACAGCCGGACAUCUUCCACAUGGGCGGUGACGAAGUAAACGUCAACUGUUGGAGAUCCCAAAAAAUUAUCACCGAUUGGAUGCAAAAGAAGGGAUGGGAUCUUAGCGAAAGCAGCUUCUACCUAUUGUGGGACUACUUCCAGGAGAGAGCUAUGGAGAAGCUGAAGAUUGCCAACGGUGGUAAGGAUAUUCCGGCCGUCCUGUGGACCAGUGGAUUAACGAGCGAGGAGAACCUUAAACAUCUGGAUCCUGCGAAAUAUAUUAUUCAGAUUUGGACAACUGGUUUCGACUUAACUAUCGGCAGACUGUUGCAAAACAACUUCAAGAUUAUUUUCUCAAAUUACGACGCUUUGUACCUUGACUGUGGAUUUGGAGCGUGGGUAGGUGAGGGUAACAAUUGGUGCGCGCCGUACAAGGGUUGGCAAAAGAUCUACGACAAUUCCCCGUUAGACAUGGUCAAAAAACAAGGAUACGGAAAUAAGAAGCACCUUAUUCUAGGUGGAGAAGCAGCGCUUUGGACCGAACAGGCGGACAGCGCGAAUACCGACUCGAGAUUGUGGCCAAGAUCGGCCGCAAUGGCUGAGAGAUUGUGGAGCGAGCCGGAUUCCAAGUGGCAUCACGCCGAACAGAGAAUGUUGAGGCAACGCGAGAGAUUCAUUGAACAAAAAAUCUACGCGGACACUUUGGAACCUGAGUGGUGCUUGCAGAAUCAAGGCUCAUGCUACGCGUAAAUCAUGAACUUAUAUAUAUUACUGUAAAAAUUUUUUUAUCUAUUUUGCUCCUACGUAAUCUCAUUGUUUCUAUACACCUGAUAUUAGAAAACCAUGUUUCAAU